AUGGGGGAUAACUCGGCCAGUGAAUUCUGGCUCUAUGGAUAUGGAAGCCUGAUUUGGAAACCGCCGCCUCACUUCGACCAACGAAUUCCUGGCUACGUCACAGGCUAUGUUCGCCGGUUCUGGCAGGCAAGUGAAGACCACCGGGGCACGCCCGAGGCACCUGGCCGCGUUGUUACCCUCAUAGAGCGCUCGUACUGGGAAGAGUUGACCGACCACCACGACUCGGCGCCGGAAAAGGUCUGGGGCGUCGCCUACCGGAUAAAGCCUGACAAGGUCGCCGAAGUCAAGGACUAUCUCGACAUUCGUGAAAUCAACGGAUACUCCAUCCACUAUACGCCAUUUCAGCCUGCCGAUGGCUCCGCGCCCAUCCGCACCCUCGUCUAUAUCGGCACCCCCGACAACGCCCAGUUCGUCGGCCCCCAAGACCCUCAAAAGCUGGCCGAGCACAUCUCCAAGAGCCAGGGUCCUAGCGGCUUAAACAAGGACUACCUUCUCGGCCUCGAUGCUGCCCUGGAAGAGCUUUCCCCGGAGAGUGGCGACGAGCACAUUGCUGAUCUCGCCCGACGCGUCCGAGCCCUGGAACAUAUUGCCAAAUAG